AGUGUUAUUUUUUUCUUUUAUUUUUUGCCUGCCUCUCCGGAUUUCAACAUUUCAUAGGUGUAUCAGUGCAAUAACUUCCGGCGCAUAACCUGAGUACCCUUCAUCCGUGGAGCGGAGCCCUUUUUUCCCGGCCAUCCGUACAUGGCGUCACAGGAUGAACCGAAAAAAUAUCUCCGUCUCAACAGUCCAGCCGGUGGCGAAGCGAAAGUUUAUGAAUGGCCUCUCAUACGAACGCCGAAUUACGACGAAAGUCAGGAUCUCGUGGCGACCAUCGAACUUGUGUUCGACGAAGUUUACAAGAACAAUGUUCACAAUAUCACCACGAGGAACAAUAUCAUCGCCAAAAUGCCUUCGUCUGAUUAUGAGGAGAUGCGAUCGAUGUGUGAUCGGUUCAACAAACUCGUGAAAGCCAUGCACGGAAUGUACAUGGGGACUACCUUGGAUCCGUUGUGCGAAAACCCACCGAGUUCGAAGAUUCUCAACGCGAUCAUCACAAAAGUUUAUCGUGCCUCUGUGAGCAAUCCUGAGCGCUUGAACUGUUAUACGGCAUUCACGCCCAGUGUUUACGGGGAAACGAAAUUCGAGACCAUAGAGAAAAUGCUGGAGUGCAUUUCUUUGGACGAAAACUCCGUAGUGAUCGAUCUUGGGUCUGGUGUGGGACAAGUCGUGCUUCAGAUUGCGGCCAGCGCACGUGUAAAGAUGGUUUACGGCAUAGAGAAGGAAGAAAUACCGAAUACUUACGCACAGGCCAUGGAUCGGAAUUUCCGGACGUGGAUGAACUGGUUCGGGUUCAAAUACUCGCCGUUUGAGCUGAUUGCCGGGGAUUUCCUGCACGAGGAGCAUCGGACGAAGAUAACCUCUUCCAAGCUCAUAUUUGUCAACAACUAUGUGUUCGGAGCGGAAGUGGACAAUGCGUUGAAGAAGAUUUUUGAAGGGUGCGAACAUGGAACUGCUAUCGUGUCUUCUGUUGCUUUCGGAAAGUGCACCAACAAUCGCCCGAAUUCACGGAAUGUUCAGGAUCUCGGUGUGUUGCUGGACACCAAGAAGGUGCCACCAAUUAUUGGUGAAGUGUCUUGGACUGACAAGCCUGUGAAAUAUUUUGUGCAGUUCAUCGACUUGGUUCGGUUGAACGCCUAUUUCGAGGACCAGCAAAAAAGGGUGAAGCUAGUUCGAAUGAAGCACGAAAUGAGUCGGUCGCCGCCGCAAGUGAACACGCCGGCGAGCAAACGUGGCCGCCGCCGAGCCGCCAUUGCAGGCGCCGUCAAGACGGCCGCUGCGUCCGCAAACCUGUCCUUUAGCAGGGAAGUGUCUGCUGCACCGCCCAUCACGCACAAUGACCAGAGCAAGCCUGGAGAAGGCUGCAAGGACGAGCCUUUGUUGGACGCGACGGAGCUGGACGAGAAACCGUCGUUUCUGGAGGAUUCGGACGAAGGGAGUGUGGCCAAGGUGCACAAGGCAGAGUUGCUAGAAAAUGUGGCCCAGCUGGAGCAGCGUAAAAAGGAGGCGGAAGAGCAGAAAGCGUCGGGUCCUCGAUUCUCCGUCCCUGUCAUGUCCCUCCCCAACUUCACCAAUUUCAAGGAAAACACUCCACCGGUGCAGAAGAAAAACCCGCUGCUGCCCCCGGUUGUCCCCUUGUCUAAUCCUGCUGCUGCUGCUGCAAACGGCGGCAGCAGCAGACAUGGCGGCGUUCUUCCCCCUGCGUCCAGUAUAGGGCGGCAAGAUUAUCCCCUGGUGCCUGACUUGGGCCGAAUUGACGAGAAGAACCCGACCAAGCUGGCCCAUAAGAUUGUCGAACAGGGACGCAUAGAACAGAGUUUGUUGAUGACGAAAGCGGCGCCUCCAGCUGGUGGUGGUGGUGCGAGGACCAAUGUGAAAGGAGGAUCGUUACCCCUGGCUCCUGCGCUGGAUAUGUCUUAUCCAUCGGACCGUGUUCAGUCGAUAAUAACC